AUGCCCAUGAAUGGAGCAAACCAAUCCUCUGUCUCCGAGUUCCUCCUCCUGGGGCUCCCCGGGCAGCCUCAGCAGCAGCAGCUCCUCUUCACGCUCUUCCUGAGCAUGUACUUGGCCACAGUCCUGGGAAACCUGCUCAUCAUCCUGGCCAUCAGCACAGACUCCCGCCUGCACACCCCCAUGUACUUCUUCCUCAGCAACCUGUCCUUCGUGGACAUCUGUUUCUCCUCCACCACUGUUCCCAAAAUCCUGAGUAAUCACUUACUUGGGAGUCAGGCGAUCUCCUAUGCUGGGUGUCUCACACAGCUGUAUUAUCUUAUUGCCCUUGCCGACAUGGACAAUUUCCUCCUGGCUGUGAUGGCCUAUGACCGCUUUGUUGCCGUGUGCCACCCCUUGCACUACACAACUAAGAUGACCCCUCAGCUCUGUGCUCUGCUGGUCACUGGGUCUUGGAUCAUUGCCAAUUUAAAUGCUCUGUUGCACACCCUGCUGAUAACUCCACUCUCAUUCUGUGCAGACAACAGGAUCCCCCACUUCUUCUGUGACGUGAGUCUCCUGAAACUCUCCUGCUCUGACACACAAAUCAACGAGAUGAUGGUUCUUAUUGAGGGAGGCCUCAUAAUGAUAAUGCCGUUGGUUUGUAUCCUGGUUUCCUAUAUCUGUAUCACCUGUGCUGUUGUGAGAGUCCCAUCAGCAAAAGGAAAGUGGAAAGCCUUCUCCACCUGUGGCUCCCACCUGGCUGUGGUAUCCCUCUUCUACGGCACCAUCAUUGCUGUGUAUUUCAACCCUUCAUCCUCCCAGUCAGCUGAGACAGACAUCGCAGCUACUCUGAUGUCCACAGUGGUGACCCCCAUGUUAAACCCUUUCAUCUACAGCCUGAGGAACAAGGACAUGAAAGGAGCUCUAAGAAAAAUGAUUUCCAUGGAAUUCUCUUCUGCUCAGUAUUAA